GAGGCAGUUCUUUGGUGCCUCCCCCCCCCCUUGUUUUGUCAGAGGGGGGCUCCUUGGGGUGAAUCUUGGGUUGACAGCUCUUGGUCUCCGCACAGUUGUGGAAUCGGGGAUGGACGGGUGUUGUCCGGGCACGGGACGGGCUGGGUUUUCUGCCCCCCCCUGGACCCCGAUCGGCUGGGCCGCGCCACCCCAGCGCUUUCUGAAACCGAGGUCUCUGGCAUUCCGGUUUUGUUCCGAGGGGGCGCAGUCGAUGCGGAUGGGAAAGGCUUGGGGGCUGGACUCCUGCGAGAGGGGCUUUUGGAGCCGGGCUCCGCGGGAGGGGCGGGGCCCUGGAGUCUCCUCCCUCCGGUUCUUUGUUCAGUCGCGAGACUUUAUUUCCCCAUCCCCCCGCAUUGUGCAAAGCCCUUACCCCGGGGAUCCGCUGCUCUCGGAGCCCCAGGUGCGUUCCACUGGGCAGAAGCCCCUGGCCCCACGACUUCAGGUGGGGCGGACCGUUCGGACACCGCAGCCCCGGCGACAGUUUCCUGCUUGUGAAACUGCCGCGAGGCCGGGGCUGGCCGGCCUGACCCAGCGCUGGCCGGCGGACGUGCCCGCGGCCCCUCCCCCUUGCACACCUCCCUGGCCGCGGGGGAGGAUUCCGCCGGGUUCGGCUGGACGUGACUGGUCCCCUCACCCGCUUCUCGCCGGGGGCUGGGGCGCCCCUCGCUGGAGAUGAAGGAUUUAGGGGCAGAGUACUUGGCCGGUCGCGAAGGUGUCCAGCUCUUCGGAUUGUUGAACCUCUACCUAGAGCAGGAACAGAGAUUCCAACCUCGAGAAAAAGGGCUGAGCUUGAUCGAGGCCACCCCGGAGACAGAUAACACUUUGUGUCCAAGAUUGAGAAAUGCCAAAGUCGAAGAUUUGAGGAGUUUAACCAACUUUUUUGGAUCUUGCACUGAAACUUUUGUCUUGGCUGUCAAUAUUUUGGACAGAUUCUUGGCUCUUAUGAAGGUGAAACCUAAGCAUUUGUCUUGCAUUGGAGUCUGUUGUUUUUUGCUGGCUGCUAGAAUAGUUGAAGAAGAAUGCAAUAUUCCAUCUACUCAUGAUGUGAUCCGGAUUAGCCAAUGUAAAUGUACUGCUUCUGACAUAAAGCGGAUGGAAAAAAUAAUAUCAGAAAAAUUGCACUAUGAAUUCGAAGCUACUACUGCCUUAAACUUUUUGCACUUAUACCAUACUAUCGUACUUUGUCAUACUUCAGAAAGGAAAGAAAUACUGAGCCUUGAUAAAUUAGAAGCUCAGCUGAAAGCUUGCUGCUGCCGACUUACCUUUUCAAAAGCAAAACCAUCCAUACUAGCUUUGUGCCUUCUCAAUUUGGAAGUAGAAACUUUGAAAUCCAUUGAAUUGUUGGAAAUUCUCCUGCUUGUUAAAAAACAUUCCAAGGUGAAUGACUCCGAGUUUGUUUACUGGAGGGAGUUAGUUUCUAAAUGCCUAGCGGAAUAUUCUUCUCCUGAAUGUUGUAAACCAGAUCUUAAGAAGCUGGUUUGGAUCGUUUCAAGGCGCACAGCCCAGAACCUCCACAACAGUUAUUACAGUGUUCCUGAGCUGCCGACAAUACCAGAGGGGGGCUGUUUUGAUGAAAGUGAAAGUGAGGACUCUUGUGAAGACAUGAGUUGUGGAGAAGAGAGCCUCAGCAGCUCCCCUCACCGGGAUCAAGAGUGCACGUUCUUCUUCAGCUUCAAAGUGGCGCAGACACUGUGCUUCCCGUCUUAGAAAUCUCAUUGUCCUGGGCCCGAGUUCUAAGUGUGGGUACAGGUUUCACAGCAAUAAAGGGAGUAGGUCGCUUCCUGGUCCACCCCAUCCAGGCAGGAACUGCAUCGACUCUGGAUACCUGCCUUCUGUUUAUUAUUCAGAUCAGAUCUGGCCUAUUUUCAUACUUAAUCCUAAGCCAUCAAAUGGGUUAGUGCCUCUUAAACAAUUAACAAUACUUUAGACAUUGGCACUUUAUUUUUCUCAUUGAUCUUUAGCUACUUGGGGGAGGAGGGAAGGUGCUGAUACUUCAAUUUACUACUUUUCAAGAUGAUUUUUAAAAGAUGAGUAGUGUAGCGUCCACUUUUUAUAAAGCUUUCAGGUGUCUUUACGGAAACAGAUUGGGAGUGUGAAAGUGCCGCCUUAGCAGGUACGAUGGCUGAUCCUUUAAUGGUUUAUCUUAGGUCUCUCCCUCCCCCCCACUCUCACAGCAGAGAAUAUACUCUUAAAUGUCAAACACCUUUUCGGUUGUUUUUGUCUUUUAAAUGAUCAAUGUACUCUCUGAUGCAGACUUUAGAAAUUUAGUAGGAGUUAGAAUAUUGACUUUUCUGUGAUUUUAGUGUGUAGUAUCUUCAUUUCCUUGAGGUUUCUGCCAAAGCAGAAAUAAGCAGCAGACUAGAGUAGUUGGAUAGUUGCAUUCCUAAUGCUUAAGUAUUGUCAGACUAUAGUAUUAUUUUAAUGUUUUUAAAGCACUCCAUAGAUCUGCUAGUUUUGCAUGUACUUGUAUGAAAGCAGUGCAGCAGGUUGAACAGAACUAGGUAACUAUGGAAUGGAUAAAUGUUGAUCUAGUAGCACAUUUUAUCUCAUUUUCUUCUAUUAGAGAAGUCUGCAUGAUUAUGUUUUAUUUCCUUGGUAAUUCACAUUUCAAAAAUAACGGUAUUGUAUAUGGGUGCCAAGAAUAUGAACUGUAAAAAAGAAACCUAAGUGUUUGUAGAAUUACAGUUUUAAGCAUAUUUGUGUGGUGGUACAGCCAUAAGAAAAGGGAUUUAUAAACUCUGUACACAUGAGAUUUUGUACAGAGAACUUUUUUAAACUUUAUAAACUGUAUAUGAAAGUGUAAAUCUUUAAAAAUGUACAUAAAAUACUGUAUUUUUUUACCGUGUGUGUGUGAUAGUCUAGUCAUUGCAUGUAAAUAUAAUUUAUUGUGUAUCCUGUAUUAUAACUCAUAUAGUGAUGACUUACUUCUUUACUGGUAAGUCAACAUCCAUUGGAUUUCUUUUGAAGUGAAUCUUUUUGAAGUAAUAGAUUACAACUCAAAAUAAAAAUAUUAACAAAUGCUA